UUCAUGAAUGGCCGAUUUAUUACUACGCGUGUGAAUAACGUAUUUGCAAAUUGAUAAAUAGGUCAUUGAACACAGCAUUUAAGAAAUUUAGAGCAAUUUUGUUAGGACAGAUGCUUUAUCUGAUCGUUAUCUGCGUAUUUGAUGCAUAAUCGGGUAUUUAAGUGAUGGUUAAAAUCCAAACAUUCAGUAUCUCCCACCGAAUUGUGCAGUGGAACGUAGUGAUAGCCAUGAACAUGUUCAGUUUGUCGAUUGUACUCACAUCUGUGUUAUUUGCAGGUGUCAUUGCUCGUGCUCCUCAAAAAAUAGUCCAUGGUGAGGACGCCAGCAUCAGUGAAUUUCCCUCAACAGUGGUUAUUCAACGGUCAUCAGGUCGUCACCUCUGUGGAGGCACCCUGAUUAGCAAUAAACAUGUGUUGACAGCCGCCCACUGCUUCACUGACGGCUCCAAGUCCAAUGGAGAUUUUGUCAUAGCCCCUGCAUCUGGGAUAAGAAUAAUCCCAGGUCAGGAUCACUUAUCAGACAGUAACAAGUUCAAACAUUAUCUGGCUGAUCGUAUUGAUGUACAUCCGGAAUGGCAAGGGCCAGAAGCUGACAGUAGCAGUGGAGAUCUUGCUAUUGUGACUUUGCAAACAGAAAUUCCUGAAAAUAAAUCUCAAAAAAUUGCUUCACUACCAAGUGCUAGACCAAAACCUGGGUCUGUAGCUACAGCUGUCGGUUGGGGAUUGACUCAGGAAGACGAGAGUGGCUCACCAGCUGAUAAACUUCAGCGAGUCACAUUGAAAGUACUUGACUACAAUUUUUGCAAAGCUCAUCGUGAUCCGCUUGCUCCAGAAAAUGUUAUCUGUGCAGAGGGAAUGAAACGUGAAGUUUCUACUUGUGCUGGUGACAGUGGUGGUCCACUUUACAAUGCGGAUAAACAAGUUAUCGGAGUUGUUUCCUACAGCUACAGCUGCUCGGGUACUGACGCAAAUAUAUUCACUGAUGUUUUCGCAUACAUAUCAUGGAUCGAAGCUAUUAAACAUUAGCAUAUCU